AUGACUUGCCUGCUUACCGAGGCGAGCAUACAGCGGCGAGACUUUAUUGCCUUGAUUUUUGUUCUAAGAGAAAAGGGAAGGAAAAGAGAAAAAGAAGGUUGUAGAAAAACAAUAUUUGGCACGAGAGCAGAAAGGAACCGACGUGAAAUUCCAUCAGCGAGAGCGACGUUGCACAGCAGAUUUCGAGCUUCAAUCCCCGAGCAAAAAUGCGUGAAAGCGCGAGCUCUGUACGACAAUAUCGCGGAGGCGCCCGACGAGCUGGCCUUUCGAAAAGGUGAUGUCCUUACCGUGUUGGAGCAGAACACCGCCGGUCUUGAGGGAUGGUGGCUGUGCGCGCUGCGAGGUCGGCAGGGCAUCUGUCCAGGAAAUCGAUUGAGGCUUCUGGUUGGCCAAUACGAUACGGGGGGUUGUUUGGUCGGCAGCAGGGCCGACCUAACCAUUUCCGAGGAUGGCAUACAGAGACACGGGAAAAGGCGUAGCUGGCACGUACAACCCAACAGAGUUGUGACGCCGCAGAAGUGCGGGGACGUCUACCUGUACGAUCUCCCAGCCAAUCGAGGGAGUCCCGCGCCGCCCUCCAGACACGAUUCACCCCUCAACUCGAACAAUGAGCAUUCGCACAAUACGGGACGAUUCACCAGCAACAGCGCGCGAAACUCCGUCGACAACGGUGGCGGUGAUGUAAAUGAGUGCUACGACGUGCCGCCGCGCGCGAUUCCGGUGAUCCCGUCGCCGGCGAGCAGUCCCAGUCCGGCGCCGUCGUGCUACGACAUACCGAGACCGCCAACAUCCUGCACGCCCAACUCGAACUGUUCCGCCGGCUCCGGUAUCACACCGCUGGAUUGCUACGACGUACCGCGACCCUUGCAACCCCUCACGCCCAGCAGCUCGGCCUCCAGCCUCACCAACGACGGAUCUCUCAGCGGGUCGAACAGAUCGAGUUUGACCGCUCCGGAUUACGAUGUACCCCGACCGCGUCUUCCAGCGUCCUCUUUGCCGUCCCGACACAACACACCCAUACCGAAGACCCCGACCCCACCGCCACCCACGCAACAGAUCUACGAUGUGCCAGUCAGCAAAGAGCUUCCGCUGGAGCUGGAAUCCGCACUAGAAGGCUUGCAGAGGUUGCAGAGCGAGGCGUCCGCCGCGAUAGCGAGGCUACUGGGAUUCGUGAGCCCCGGCUGGAGAACGCCACAGCGAUUGGACGCCACUCUCAUGGACCUGAGACUGGCUGCUCUCAGGCUCAGAACGUCCCUGCACGAUCUGACCGAAUUCGCGGAAGGUACGCUGGGUAAUGCGGGCAAAGCGCCAGAUAAGGGCUUGGCAACGAAAUUACGACCGCUGGUAAAGGCGCUUCGUGAUUCCGACAAGCUCGUGCAGGAAGCCGCUACCGAAUUGGACACGAUAGAAUGGGACGCGAGCAAGCUCUGCCGAGGCGGUGGCGAUACACCGACGCCCACUAACGGACCCCCGCCUUCGUUAAUACCACCUGUGCAGCCGGAUCCCCUUGAUCAGCUGAUCGCGUGCGCCCGAGCGCUCACGGAAGAUGUUCGUCAAGUCGCUAGUUUCAUUCAAGGAAAUUCCACGUUGCUUUUCAAGCGAGCGUCAAUCAUUUCCACGGGCAGCAGUAAUAAUAGCGGCGCCGGCGAGGAUUACGACUACGUGAAUCUCGACUCGCGAGAGAUUGUGGCGAAGCAGAGAGAGGAGCUGCGAGCCGCGCUGCCGCAGGAGCUGCGCGGCAAUUACGAUCUCUUGGUGUCCGAGACGGACAAUGCGGCGAUUCAGAUGCCACCCACAACACCGACGCCCAUGGACCCCAACGAUAAACAAUUGUUGGCUUUCUAUGCCGCUCAGGUGAUCACGCACGGUGCACACCUGACCCACGCCAUUGACGCCUUUCUGCAGACGGUCGAACACAAUCAACCACCCAAGGUUUUUCUGGCUCACGGGAAAUUUGUUGUGUUAAGCGCGCAUCGGCUGGUACACAUCGGCGACACAGUGCAUCGAAACGUGACGCGCAACGACGUGCGAACGCGCGUGUUGCAAUGCGCGAACGCCCUGAACGAAGCUCUCGCGCAGACGGUGCAGAAAACGAAACAGGCUGCUCAAUUCUUUCCAAGCGUCACCGCAGUCCAGGAGAUGGUAGAUAGCGUCGUCGAUGUUUCACACUUGGCUAAAGAUCUCAAGGUCGCCAUGAUACACGCCGCUCAGCAACCUUGAAAAGUUUUUGUUCUUACGCGUAAACCACAAGUUCCUUAAGAUUGAAUUAAAACGCAAUCCUUAUGAUCGACAAUUUCUCUUCUCUUAACGGAGAUGCUUUGAGACUGCGAAAGAUUGAAACGCAAUGCAUUUUAAAGAUUUGCAAUCAAGUUUGGUAACUUGAUCGUGUUACCAAUUCCAAGAUUAUACUCAAAGGAGAGAUCGUGUUUGUUGUCGCACGCACAUCCUCGUGUCGAUUGAUCGCAACACUAAAGAUUCCCAGCGCGUUCGUAAAAAAAAAAAAAAAAAAAAAAAAA